GAGAGAGAGAGAGAGAGAGAGAGAGAGAGAGAGAGAGAGAGAGAGAGAGAGAGAGAGAGAGAACACUCUCAUUAAGGGACGAUCUAUGGUUUGACAGCCUCAGUGCUGCUCCUGCUGUUGCUGCUUCUGUUACUGCGGCUGUGUGGUCUGUCAUGAGUUGAAAAGGGAUGUGAGGGUUUAGAGGAACUGCCGCUCGCUCUGAAGACUGAGCCUCUGCUAAGUGGUCUUCCUGCCGGACAGACUGCACAAGAUUUCUUCUGCACGACUGGAAACUUGGACCUAUCAACACUUCAUCUACGCAGAGAAGCAGGCAGCGUGACAGAGUGAAGAGGGGAAAGAACUACUACAAAAACAAACAACAAAAGGGUGAAGGCUGGAAAGAUGUUUUAAAGAGUCUCUGUGUCAGAGAAGCUUCAAGCCACUGAAGAUGGAGAAUGAUACUGUCAGUGAACUGAACCAAACCGAGCUCCAGCCACAAGCAGCUGUGGCCCUUGAGUACCAGGUGGUCACCAUCUUACUUGUGGUCGUUAUUUGUGGACUGGGCAUUGUGGGCAACAUCAUGGUAGUCCUAGUGGUCAUGAGAACCAAGCACAUGAGAACCCCUACAAACUGCUACCUGGUGAGUCUGGCUGUGGCGGAUCUCAUGGUUCUGGUGGCUGCAGGCCUCCCCAACAUAACCGACAGCAUCUAUGGUUCCUGGGUCUAUGGCUAUGCUGGCUGCCUCUGUAUUACAUAUCUCCAGUACUUAGGAAUUAAUGCAUCCUCAUGUUCAAUAACAGCCUUUACCAUUGAGAGGUACAUAGCAAUCUGUCACCCCAUCAAAGCCCAGUUUCUCUGCACAUUUUCCAGAGCCAAAAAAAUCAUUAUCUUUGUAUGGGCCUUCACAUCCAUUUACUGUAUGCUCUGGUUCUUCCUGCUGGAUCUCAAUAUCAGUACCUACAAAGAUGCUAUUGUGGUAUCCUGUGGCUACAAGAUCUCUAGGAACUACUACUCGCCUAUUUACCUAAUGGACUUUGGUGUCUUUUAUGUCGUUCCAAUGAUCCUGGCCACUGUGCUUUAUGGAUUUAUAGCUAGAAUCCUCUUCUUAAACCCCAUUCCUUCAGACCCUAAAGAAAACUCGAAGAUGUGGAAAAGUGACUCAAUCCAUCAGAACAAGAAUUUGAAUUUAAAUGCCACCAACAGAUGUUUCAAUAGCACUGUAUCUUCCAGGAAGCAGGUCACCAAGAUGCUCGCAGUGGUUGUAAUUCUGUUUGCCCUUUUAUGGAUGCCCUACAGGACUCUUGUGGUUGUCAACUCAUUUCUCUCCAGCCCUUUCCAGGAAAAUUGGUUCUUGCUCUUUUGCAGAAUUUGCAUUUAUCUCAACAGUGCCAUCAACCCAGUGAUUUACAACCUCAUGUCUCAGAAAUUUCGUGCAGCCUUCAGGAAGCUCUGCAAUUGCAAGCAGAAGCCCACAGAGAAAGCUGCUAACUACAGUGUAGCCCUAAAUUACAGUGUCAUCAAGGAGUCAGACCGCUUCAGCACAGAGCUAGAUGACAUCACUGUCACCGACACGUAUGUGUCAACCACAAAAGUGUCAUUUGAUGACACCUGCUUGACCUCGGAGAAAAAUGGACCCAGUUCUUGUGCAUAUGGCUAUUCUUUGACUGCCAAACAGGAACAAAUAUGAACUUCCUCAAGAACAUCUUGGACUGGUGUUAAUAAAGUGAAAUCUUUCAAAAAAAAUUCAAUAUGACUCAGAAUAAGAUGGUUCCAACUGACCAAAGGUCUUCAUUCAGAAGUCAGUAAGAACAUCAUGAUACUGAAAUGGUACAGUACAGGACAAUAAGCAAGCAAACAUUUGAUCCCUAGCCAUGAGGACAAGCCAAUCCUGUCUUGAUAUAUAUAUAUAAAUUACUGGCAUGUUUUAUCUUAAUAUGUCUCUCUGUCUCAAAAAAAAUAUGUCAUUUGCCAGAUGACUCUGUGCACAUCCUGAAAACCAAUUUGCUCUGAGCCUCUACAUAUAUCCUUCAAGACCCUUGAAUACCAAAUAAUUCUGAAUAGGCAAAUAAACAGAAAACUCCAUGGAGAACAAGUUCCUUUCAUGUUUGUAUCCCACAAAUUAAACUAAGGUGAUGAGCUUGAUAUGGACUUUCUGUUGAAUGAAUGAACAAAUGAAUAAGUAAAUUGAUGAAUCUCCAACUAAGAAAUAUAACCUAAAAUCUUCAUGAUGCCUGAUUUUGCCAUAGACUUCUUUACAAUUAUAAAACUUGUUUAUUUUUUGUUUUUAUCAUCUUAAACCAUUCUCCUAGCUCAUUAAAAUGUAUUAUAUUUUGUCAGAUGAUGGUCACAACCAUCCCUGUGUAUAUAUUGUGAGUUUAAAGUUAAAUAGUACUAACAUGUCUCUCACCUAAUUUAAUAAUGAUCAAGAGUAUUACAUGUACUUUCAGAGAAUGAAAACAUAUUAUCACUGACAUGUGAAUAAAAUGAAAUGUGCAGGGUACAUGGUAGAAAGAGAAGCUGUAUGAUUUCAGACUACAAACAUUAGAAUUCCUCAUAGGGGAAAAAAUAUCAGUGGGUGCUAGAGUAAUUAGACCUUGUAGGCAAGCUUGGAUUUCUUUUAAGGAUAGACUUAGCUUAGAUAGUUAGGAAAAGACUUCUGCUUUAAGAAAAAAAGAAGUGAGGAAGUACAGGGUGAAAAGAAACAAGUCUAAGUGUUGUGGAUAUGUAUCCAGUGCAGUGUGAUUCAUCAGGGAUUGAUUAAGGCAAGCAACUAGGAGAGAGGAAAGGAAGGGAGAUAAAGUACUUCAUGAUGCUUAUAUUUGAUGAAGAAAUAUUCAUCCAGACACAGAAAGUAGAUAUGUAUAUUAGUAAGCUGUCAUGUAUUUUUUAAACAUUAUGAAUUUUACUUAUUAUCUAUAAAAAUAUAGUAUGCUCUUUGUCUCCUAAGUGAUAUAAUUCUGUAAGUAUACUAGAGUCAGAAUUUUCCAAGUAAAAACUAUAUUAUACAUGUAUAUAUCUUUUCUAUGUUGCAUUGUCAUCAUAUAUGGGGUAUAUUUAUUUAUAUAUAUAUGAUUCAGGGGUCCUUAACAGCCAUGAAGUUAUGCUAACCUUAGAGAUCCAAGCUAGCUUAUAAGCCCUUCAUAAUCCUAAGCAUCCUUAUUAAAUGUGAAACUGAUAAGCAGUGACUAGCUUCUAACACCCUCAACCUGUUGACCUGCAUGUUGCUUAUAUUGUGCUCCUGAAUGAUUGGUUUAUUACAACAUGCCUCUGAAUGUUUUGGAUUCCUUCUAGCAGUUGUAGAAAAUAUAUGCUGACUCAUCUCAUUGCUUGAAGAUUAACCAUUGUGUCCAUGUGGACAAAGAAUCUUCUUUAAGAAAGUGCAGUAUUAUGUGUUCUCUCUGCAGUGGGAAACUGUUUCGUAUGUGUAUGUGUGACCAAUAAAGUAUCAAACUG